CAGUGAGGAGUGGCACUGGAUCGCCCCGUGUGCCUCUAAUGCCUCCUGUCAUCUCACACAGCCUUGCCAACACCUUUGAUGCUGUGCUGGCCAGUUACUUGCCUCUGAUGCUGUGUGGGAGAGCCAGUGCUGAGAUUAAGCUGGGGAUGUAGAAGCCACAAUGGCUGACCAGCCUGUGCCAGAAAAGCCCGCCAGUAAAGUGGACGCCAAAAGUAAGGAGCCGCAGAAGUUCCUCUACCUACAACUCCAGCAGGACAGAACAGGUGAUGGGACUGGCCGGGUGGCAACCUUGGUGGGUGGCCGAGGGGGCACUGGUCCGGCCCACUUCAUCCCUCUGACGGCCAAACUCAACUCCAUCUCAGUGCUUGGUUCUGGGCCGAGAGCUUCCCGCCCUGCCGUGUCCGUGGCCACCCCUCGCUCCCCGGCAGGCAGCAGGAGGAACAGUGGCAGUGGAGGUAGCACUGCGGUGGUCACCAUGGCAACAGGCCGGCCGGUGGUGGCUACAGCAGUGAGUGUGGCACCAACAAGGUGUACUGCCAUGACAGCCUCUAGCCCCAGACCCAUGAUUGCCUCGCCAGUCACCACCGUGGCUGCCAAGUCUGGCAGCUCAGCCCCCAUCGUGCGCAAGGCUCACACCAAUGUCAUGGUCUCCUCAGGAGUAGCCCGGCCAGCCUCCUCUCCAAACACCGCCACCAUCACAGUGCUGGGGGCAGGGGGCAGCCUCUCAGGGUCAGCUCCUCCAGUGCUGCGACCCAACACAUCCCAGGGCACCUCACCUCACCCACCAGUCAUCCUGCACACUUCUAAGGUCCCACAGCCGGCCUCCCCUUCUACAGGUGGUGGCAAGGGCAUGUCCCCUCGUCUGGUGCCCAUUCCCAUCACUCAGGUGCGGACAGGAGUGAGCAACAAGGCAGUGCUCUCCUACAGUGCAUUGCUACAGGCAGGGACAGGGGCUGGGGUGGGUAGCAGUGCAGGCAACACCAGCAGUAACAGUGGUGGCAACAGUAACAACACCAAGAAGGAAGGCCACUCCUCCCCACAGCCUCUCCUUCUGCAGGCUGCCUCUCCUGCUGCAGUGAAGGGUGCUGGAACGAUCACCAAGGCAGGCGGCGCCACCAUCAGCAUCAUCACAGGGAAGGGUGGCAAGCAGGGCGGCAGUGUGUCAGCGGCCAGUGCCAAGCCCGUCAACAUGCUGGCCUACAAUCUGGGCCAGACUAAAUCUAAUAUGAUCAACUUUAAGAUCUCCAAUGGCCAGAUACAGGCAGACAACCUCCAGUCAAUGGAUGCAGUGUUACGGGAGACUCGACCAAUCCAGGGAGGGAAGAGGACGGAGGAGAGGAAGGAGGCUGCCAAGGUGAUGGCUGGCACUGUGCUGGCCCAUGCUGUGGGGACUGGCUCUGUCACCGUCUCCGUCACAGGGUCAGUGCCGGCCACCCUCAAGAUUCCCGAGCCUGUCAUAGUGCCAGUCACUGUGCCGCUGCCCCAGUCAAGCUUUGAGCCAGUGUCCAGCUCUGUGCCAGAACAGGACUCCUUGUCACACCUCAGGGAUGUCACUGUCACCCCUGCCAGGAGGGAGCAAGAGGACCUCCUGCAGAGGGCAGUAAGCACCCUGGGGAAUGCUCUGGAGGAGGAAGGAGAGGAGGAGGAGGAGGCCCACAACUUCCACGGUCUAAGAGCUCCUCUCAACUUUAGCAUGGAGGGUGAGGAGAGCAGGACAGAGGCGGGGGGCAGUGACAGGGAGGCAGGCAAGACAUGGAGUGUGCCCAGCAGGUCUCAGGAACCGUCCAGAGACACAAGUCCGGUGGUGGAAGAAGAGAUCAAGGUGAAGCUGGAGGACGGGGUGGUGGAGGUUCCUGCCUUGAAGAAUGAGGGCACUGCAGCCUUCCUCACCAAGCCACUGGUGUCCAAGAGCAGUGAGGACAUCAAGCCAGAGCUGGUCAAGUUCUCUGACGUCCUGAAGUGGGAGGAUGGUGUUGGGAAGCUGGAUGGAAGUGGACUGAAGUUUAAGAUGAAUGAGUUCAAUGCGGUGGAGAUAGUAGAGGAUAGAGACCUGGAGGAGCUCAAGAUACAGCAGAUCAAGAGGGUGGAGGUGUCCACCAGGCACCACGCACGCAAGCCAAACUACCGAGACAUGGUGAAGGACGAGGACAUCUUCUCAGACAACUCCCAAGACUCAGAGCCACAGGGGAACCGGCCCUCCAAGGAGUCCUAUGACAUCUGCUGCUGCAAGAACUGCGGCUGUUACGGACUCAGCUCAGAGUUCUUCAGGGACAGCAGCUUCUGCUCCACUGCCUGUGGGGAUGAGCAUGACGCCAGAGAGCUUGAGUGGGGCAAGGAGCGCAUGCGUCAGGAGAAGGAGCGGCAACGAAGAAAGCGCCUCCGCCAGAGUGAGAAGGCCGAGGAGGACCAGGGUGGAGAGGGCCAGAGUGACGGGGAGGAGGGUGGAGCCGGGGUCAGCGAAGACGACAAGGAGGAGGACGGGCCGGGUGGCAAUCGUUUCCAGCACCCAUGGCAGGACGGGAGGAACAGCUUCUCCUGGGUGAAGUACUUGGAGCAUUGUGGGAGGGCCAAGGGCCUGGCCAAGGCUGCCCCACUCAAGUUGUGGCAGCCGUUUCCUUUUGGUCGUAACCUGUUCCGCGCCGGCAUGAAGCUGGAGGCCAUCGACCCAUGCCAUCAGUCCCUCUUCUGCGUGAUGACUGUGGCAGAGAUCAUCGGCCACCGCCUGCGCCUCCACUUCGACGGUUACUCGGAGCAGCACGACUUCUGGGUCAAUGCUGACUCUCCCAACAUCUUCCCAGCUGGCUGGUGUGAGAAGAAUGGCCGCCAGCUGGAGCCGCCCUUCGGAGUGAUUGGCUUCUCCUGGAAGGCCUACCUGGAGCACUGCAAGGCUCAGGCGGCGCCACGCCAGGCCUUCAUAGGUAAGGCGGCGCCCUCAGUGGUCACCCCAAACAACUUCCGUGUGGGAAUGAAGCUUGAGGCAGAGGACCGCAAGAACAUGUGGGUGUGUGUGGCAACGGUGGCGGAUGUGCUGGACAACCGCGUGCUGAUCCACUUUGACGGGUGGGAGAAGGCGUACGAUGUGUGGAACGAGGUGUCCUCACCGUACAUCCACCCGGUGGGCUGGUGUGCGGAGAACGGUGUGGUGCUGCACCCCCCCAAUAACUACCCCAACCCAGAGAGCUUCAACUGGCAUGAGUACCUGCAGGAGACCAACUCCAUGGCAGUGCCGGCCAGGGCCUUCAAGACACGGCCGCCCAGGGAGUUCAGGAAGGGCAUGAAGGUGGAGGCAGCGGACCGGAGGAACCCGGCGCUGAUCCGCGUAGCGACGGUGGUGGAGCUGCAGGACUACCAGGUCAAGGUACACUUUGACGGCUGGGGUGACGAGUACGACCUGUGGAUGGACGACGACUCCUCUGACCUGCAUCCCCCUUCCUGGUGCUCCAAGACCUCCCACCCCCUGCAGCCGCCCCUCACACCGGAGCAGCAGGCGGAGGACGUGGACUCCGGCACUGGUUGCGGCACUCCCGGCUGCAAGGGUGUGGGCCACAUCAAGGGCCCAGUGUACACCACGCACCACACUGCCUAUGGCUGCCCAUACUCCCUCCAAAACCUCACCAAGGACCCCGAGAGCUUCAUCGCCGACCGCCUGCAGCCGCCACCAGAGAGGAAGAAGUGCAAGUCAGCAGCCCCCAAGGUGCAGCUGGACCUGCGGCCGGUGGGGGCGGCCCGGGACUCCACCAAUGACACAGAGGAGUCUGAUGGCCAGAAGAAACGCAUCAGGAAGAGGAGAAAGUUCUUUGAUGAGCUGAGUCCUCCAGAACCCAACAGACCACAAAAAGUACCCAAGCUGGCCCCUGAGGAACCCCGCAUGUUGGGCCCAACCGGCCCCAUGCCAUCACUAACCCCAGGGCAGCCCCCAGCCAGCAUGGCUCCCACUGCCCCAGCCCCUUCAACCUCCUCCACCCAGCAGUCCUCCAUGGGUCCCCUUCCUCAGCCCCUCCCCCCACCACCUCAGGCAGACCCUGGUGUGGACAUGAUGGUGCACCAGUCUGUGUUCAACCCCGGCUACACGCCCCACCCUGUGCCGCCACCCCCACAUUCUUGGGAACGCCACCGCCACCUCACUGCCCCGCUGGGGGAUGCACGGCGCUCCGAGGUGGAGGCGUGGAGCCCUGACCAGGUGGCAGACCUGGUGGGGCGCAUCCCGGGGUGUGAGGGUGUGGCGGCGGUGUUCACAGAGCAGCAGAUAGACGGUGAGGCGCUGCUGAUGAUGACCCAGAAUGACCUGGUGAGCCUCCUCAACAUCAAGCUGGGCCCGGCCGUCAAGAUCAUGGCCGUCAUCAUGUGCCUCAGGAACUCCCCUUGAGGCAGCGGUGGCGGCACUGGUGGUGUGGCAACGGGCAGCUACGAGGAGACUUUGCCUGUGAUAUUUCUGGUGAAGCUCAAUUUAUAUUAGCGUGACAAUGCGACUUGGAAUUUUUUGUUUAGCAGGUAGUGUGUACAGUUUGCAAUACAAGUCCACAUUCCAGGGUAUAAGUUAUGGUGUGGGGCAGGCGUCCUCCUCCUCCCUGUCCCUACCAGUCUCUGCCCCGGGUAUCUCGCUGCUAGUCAUGCUCCUACAUCAGCCGUGGGCACGCGCUGGAGGGCCCAGCUGUGACUGAGCCCUGGUGGUGGUGGUGGUGGUGAAAAUGUGAGUGGCAGGCUGUCACUGCAUGCUCCUCAACAUACUGUGACAUCUCAACACAAGACAAUCAGACAGACUGACUGAGGUUGACUUUUACGGAUUACAAUUACUGAAACGGCAGAACGUAACAUGUGUUCCUGUGAUUCUCAUUACUUUGGUGUGUACAUAGUGGAUGUGUUUUGUAGGCUAUUGUGUGUGUGUGUGUGUGUGUGUGUGUGUGUGUGUGUGUGUGUGUGUGUGUGUGUGUGUGUGUGUGUGUGUGUGUGUGUGUGUGUGUGUGUGUGUGUGUGUGUGUGUGUGUGUGUGUGUGUGUGUGUGUAGGAGUAGGGGCAGCCAUCCUCCUCCAGCCUCUCUCUGUACAUACAUGACAUGCCCCAGGUUACAGGGGGUAUCUGUGAUCUCAUAGGACUCACUUUCAUAAUACUUUUCAAUACAAGUUAUACCUUAUGAAAUAUUGCAAUGCUCCAAUUGUUCAAAGUCAGCCAAGUUCCCUACCUUGAGAUUACAAUGAUAAUGUAUAUAAGUAUGCAUCAGCUCAGCUGGUAUAUGUACUAUAUAUGUAAUAAUUAUGCAUAAAUGGCUUGAAAUA